GCGGUGAACUUCAUGGGGAAGAGUCCUUCCUCGAUGCUCUUGGAUCACGGCGUCGCCAACCCGAACAAGGAGGAGGGAGAGUUCAAAGUGUCUUUUGCAGUGUCCUCGCUCGAUCGAUUCUUUGACGACAAGGCGGAUAUCCUUGAGCAGGAGGGCCUGACGACAGAGAUGACGUUCACACUGAAGGCUGAUGGAACUCUGGAUGAAUACCUCCUCCCGUUCAUGCGAUUAGUGUGCAUUCAGAGCUUCGAUGCGUUCUUGCUGGAGUCUGUAUUCCGUCAGGAGGUCUGGGGCUUCGUCAACCUGCCAGUCAGUAAGGACAAUGAGAAGCUGAUGUUGGAAACUUUGAUCGCGACGUUCGAGGGCGCUCUUGACGACAUCGGCUCCUCGGAAUCAGAGGAUAUGUCCAUCGUCAGGGAUGCAUCGUCGACUUACCGACAGGUCCAGGCUGCCUACGUUAGGAUCGGAGAGAGGAGCGCGCUGAAGAAGACGAUCUACCUGCUCGAACAGGAGAUGGAAGAAAUGGAUUCAAAGGAGUACUACCAGGAGAGACGUUUGAAGUCUUUGAAUCUCGACAGGCCGGUAGACGAGUCCGAGAUCGUCGAUCCCAAUGUGGAGUUCGGCCGCGAGAGGGAUGCUCCAUGGAUGAGAUGAAUAUGCACACUCAGCCGAAGCUAGAGAAGUUAGUGAAAAAAUAUUGUUCUCAAUCC